UUUUAUUGAAUCAAGGUGUGUGACUGAAUGAACAGCAUACAAAAAGGUAGAGUAUUAAUGCAAGGAGUGAAAACAUUCAGUAAAAAUGAAGACAAUGUGGAUACAAUGUCUCCUGGUUCUGGCCACUAUUGUAGCACAUGCAAGGGCAGAUGGUUCCAGUUAUGUUGAUGGAGAAGACACAACUGAUACAGAUCUCACUGCAAUUUUGAGGGCCAUUAUCAACAAUCGCCAUGAGAAAGUUGUCUCAAACUCUGUUGAAGGAGAUGACAAAAUUGAUACAGAUAAUAUCGGUCGUAGGGAGAAAGAGGAGAUUAACAAGAGAGAAUGGACUGAGACAUCUGGUUGUAAGGAUUGUGACGAUGAUGACAGGAAUCUGUGUUGCAAAGGGGGGUACAGUUUUGGGAUGUGCACAGAGGAAUCACCCUGUUGUAUAAAAUACAGAUACUUUAGUGAAACGGAUGGCUUCCAAGAGUGCAAGAAAAAUGCCUUGGAGAAACCAGAGGAAGAGGUGAACUUAAAGCAGGGAGACAGUGCUCCUGAGGGAGACAGUGCUGCCGAGGGAGACAGCGCUGCUGAGAAAAGGGAAAUCGAAAUGGACAUUCUUCAACUUCUGAUUCGAAAACUUGUGAAAAAACAUGAAAACUGAGUUCAAGUUGAAACAUACAUAUGAACUAACAUAUAAAGAAACGUGUAAUCAAGUUCAUUCAAACUCUUUAAAAAAAAGUAUUCGUAACCUAUAUCAAAUAAAAUAACACUAAACCUGUACAAAGUGAACACUUUUGGAGCCACAAAAAAGUGUUUCCUAUAAAUGGGUAUUCACUUCAGAGAUUUUUUCAUACAGCUGUCUUUGGAGUAUGUUUCAAGAAAUAAUACUUAAUAUGAACAGGUGUUCACUUGAAAGAGGUGUUUACUAAAAACAGGUGUUCACUUGAAAGAGGUGUUUACUAA